GUUUGGCCCAUUCCCCCUUCCGUACGUUUCGACGUAAACGGACACACGGAAGCGGAACAUUUGUUGUAAACAAAACUGAUACAAACCAUUACGAGUCAGACAAAUGAAACAAAAAGAGACAUUGUCAUAUUUUGUAAAAACCCAGCUUGUUAACGAUGUUUGGCAUGGGUUGAAGCAGGUCCCAUCUUGUUCCUAUAAGAAAGCAUAUUUUGGUGUUGUAGGCCCGCAGAAACAACAGUAGCCAACAUGUCCAGGAAGCAGACGACGAAACCUGUCGGGAGAAACAAGAAGAAUGAAAUGGAACGCAAGAGGGACGAGCGGGCGGCACGCAGGGCCAUCGUGAAGGACCGCAAGAACCGGCCUCAAGACGGGGAUGAUGGAGCAGAGUUUGUCAGUUUCUCCAACCAGCUCCAGGCCCUGGGGCUCAAGCUGAGAGAAGUCCCCGGAGAUGGGAACUGCCUAUUCAGAGCUCUAGGCGACCAGUUGGAGGGUCACUCCCGGGGUCACCUGCAGCUUCGGCAGGAGACGGUCCAGUAUAUGAUGUCCCAUCGGCAAGACUUUGAACCCUUUGUUGAGGAUGAAGUUCCCUUUUCCCAGCACUUGUCUAACCUCUCUCAGGCCGGUACGUUUGCUGGCAAUGACGCUAUCGUGGCUUUUGCUCGCAGUCAACAGGUGAAAGUGGUCAUCCAUCAGCUCAACGCACCGCUGUGGGAGAUAAAUGGUGCAGAGAAGCAGGCGUGCAGAGAGCUGCACAUCGCCUACCGCUACGGAGAUCAUUAUGACAGUGUGAGGCGGACCGGAGACAACUCUGAGAGUCCUGCCCAGCUGCGCAUAGAGAAUCUGCAGAAUACACACGGCCAUCAGCGUGAGUUCGGGGAGGGACAGCGGGCCAGGAGGAAAAACUCUUCUCCCUCAGCCUUAGAGGAGGACAACGUGAUCCUGAGCUCCAUCAAGAACCGAGGAAUCCCGGGAGACGAGGAGAACCUGCUGCAGCUGAGUGCGGCCACCAUCAACUCUGAAUGGCUUGUUGGCUGCGUGCAGGGUCAGUGCUCCUCUGGAUCCUGCUCCGCCUGCAGGGCUCAAGCCUCAGACUGCAGCGAGCACAGACAGCCAGCAGAGUGCAGCAACGUACAAAGGUCAAAGGUAUCUAACAAGCAGAGGAAAGAGCAGCAGCGGCAGGAGAAGAAGAAGCGUCAGGAGGACAGGCACCGGCAGAAGUUCAUCCAGAGUAAAGGGAGUCAGGACCAGAACCAGAACCUGCCAGAGACUGUUACUUUGGUACCAGCCCUCAACACUCUCAGCAUAUAAGACUGGAGCAUUGCCAAAAUCACCUACUGCUACUAUCGCUGCUGGUGGCUGUGUUUUUGCACAUAGUCAAAUUCGAUUCAGUCGCAGUGAAUUACUUUUUUUUAAAGAGAAGCCUUUAGUCUCUUUGCUAACGGUGCCUGCAAAAAGUGUGUGAGAUGUGUGAACGUUGUAAAAGAGAGAGUGAAAGAGCAUGACCUUUAGUGUUUUUGGGUCUACCUGCCACGCCAUCCUGGUCCCUUUCUAUGCUGGACCAUCUGGCUUUCCAUGACAACCAUGCACAUGAUCUCCGUGCAGCUGGGCUUGUUUUUUUGCCACAGAUAGAGUUUAUUAUUGAUGUUUGGAUCGCUACAUUUGUUCAAUCUCACCAGAGGGGGAUGUACAGGAAGAGCGGCAGAAUAAUUAUUGUUAUGCACACUGUGAGGAAUGUGGCAAUAAAUAACUAUACAUGAUAAA